AUGGGCGACGUCCUCGUUGACAACCCAGCCAACACCGUUCCGCCUCACAAGAAACCGCCCAUUUCAGAUUCCAUCCCGGACAUCGACUCAUUAGAAGGAACUGCUGCAGACGGAGGCGAUGAGUACUCGACAUUGAAGAGGCUGCAAAGACAUUUAGAGUACAUCAAGCUGCAGGAAGAAUAUAUCAAGGAUGAGCAGAGAUCCCUGAAGCGUGAGCUGGUGCGAGCGCAGGAAGAGAUCAAGCGAAUACAGAGUGUUCCGUUAGUGAUAGGCCAGUUCAUGGAAGCUAUCGAUCAGAAUACCGGAAUCGUCCAAUCUUCAACUGGCUCUAAUUACGUCGUCCGCAUCCUCUCAACCCUCGAUCGCGAAAAGCUCAAACCGUCCUCGUCCGUCGCCCUCCACCGUCAUUCGAACUCUCUGGUCGACAUCCUUCCUCCGGAGGCCGAUUCUUCCAUUGCCAUGCUCGGAGCUGACGAGAAGCCUGAUGUGACGUACGCGGAUGUUGGCGGCCUGGACAUGCAAAAGCAAGAGAUCCGGGAGGCAGUGGAACUGCCACUGACACAUUUUGAUCUCUACAAGCAAAUUGGCAUCGACCCGCCACGAGGCGUGCUGCUUUACGGCCCUCCCGGGACGGGAAAGACUAUGUUGGUCAAGGCGGUUGCUAACAGCACGACUGCGAGCUUCAUUCGGGUUGUCGGCUCUGAAUUUGUCCAAAAAUACCUGGGCGAGGGCCCUCGCAUGGUUCGGGAUGUGUUUCGAAUGGCGCGAGAGAAUUCCCCUGCCAUCAUUUUCAUCGACGAGAUCGAUGCCAUCGCCACUAAGCGUUUUGACGCUCAGACCGGAGCGGAUCGAGAGGUUCAGCGUAUUCUUCUAGAACUCCUCAAUCAGAUGGACGGCUUUGACCAAACGAGCAACGUCAAGGUCAUCAUGGCCACAAAUCGAGCGGACACCCUGGAUCCUGCCUUACUCCGUCCGGGCCGUCUGGACCGGAAAAUCGAGUUCCCGUCGCUACGAGAUCGCCGCGAACGGCGGUUGAUUUUCACCACAAUUGCCAGCAAGAUGUCGUUGUCACCUGAAGUGGACUUGGAUUCGUUGAUUGUGAGAAAUGAUCCCUUAUCGGGAGCCAUCAUCGCGGCGAUCAUGCAAGAAGCGGGAUUGAGGGCAGUGCGCAAGAAUCGAUACAAUAUCAUCCAAGCAGAUUUGGAGGAUGCAUAUUCGAGCCAGGUCAAGGGAGCACAGGAGGCAGACAAGUUUGAUUUCUACAGGUAA